UGAUGAAUGUGCUGAUCCAAGUACCAGUUCAUGUGAAAGGACCUGCAUAAACAUCGCGGGGAGUUAUAAUUGUUCUUGUCCUAAGGGAUAUACCGGUGAUGGUAAAAAGGAUGGUCGUGGUUGUAUUGCCCCCUCCUCUAAUUUCCUAUGGAUCAAGUUCUCUCUAGGCGGCCCGGAAUUGGCUUUAUCUCCGGUGGUUGGGAUAGCUUGGCUCUAUUUCAGCAUCAAGAAAAGAAAAUUGAUCAAAAUCAAGGAGAAAUUCUUCACACAAAAUGGUGGUUUGCUAUUGAAACAUAGAAUCUCCACUAAUGAAGGAAGUGUGAAAGCAACAAAAAUAUUUACCUCAGAGGAGCUGAAGAAAGCUACAAACAAUUAUGCCAAUGACAGAAUUCUUGGUCGGGGUGGCUACGGGAUUGUAUAUAGAGAUCAACCAUCGAAAUGUGGUGAGGCUCUUUGGAUGUUGUUUGGAAGAUGAAGUUCCUUUAUUGGUUUAUGAGUAUGUCUCUGAGGGAACUCUUUACGAGCACAUUCACAACCAACGUGGAGCGGGUUGGUUAACUUGGCAAAAUCGUUUGAGGAUUCUGAGAGAUAACUAUGACACUUGCUUACCUUCAUUCAUUUGCAUCCAUGCCUAUAAUUCCUAGGGACGUUAAGUCCGCCAACAUAUUGUUGAAUAGUGUUUACACAGUGAAAAGCUUUUUUGGAGCUUCAAGGUUAAUUCCUUUGGAUCAAACACAUUUGGCUACGUCAGUUCUAGGGACAUCAGGGUACUUGGAUCUUGAAUAUUUCCGCACAAGUCAAUUGAUAGAGAAAAGUGACAUUUACCGCUUUGGAGUGGUUCUGGCAGAACUUUUGAUAGGGUUGAAACCUAUUGUUAGAGCUAGAAACGAACAGGACAAGAAUUUGGCCGAUUAUUUUAUUUUGUCCAUGAAUAAUAAUAGCUUGUUUAAUAUUAUUGAUCGUUGUGUUUUGCGGCAAGGAAGUGUUGAGCAACUCCAAAAGAUGGCUGAGCUGGUGAAGAACUGUCUUCAGCUGCACGGAGAAGAUAGGCCUACAAUGAAGGAAGUGGCUAUUGAACUUGAAGGAUUGAAGAAGUUAACUGGAAUCUCUUGGUCUAAUCAUCAACAUGGACAGGAAGAGAAUGAUCAGGAUGAAUUAUCAGAUCUUUACACAUUUCCAAUUAACUCCUAUGGAAAUACCCCGAAUUGUAUAGGUCUCCUAUCAUGCAUCCUAAAUACAGUCCAAGUUGAUCCAAAAUCUAGGCCACUAAUAAAGGCAUUAGAUUUUUUUUUUUUUUUGACAAUAAUAAUAGCAUUAGAUUUGCCUCUUAAUAUCCUCUCCCUAUGUGUUCUUCCAUAUUGAAUGUUCUAAUGUAGGUUCCUAUCGUUUUUCUUCUCAAUUUAGAUUUUCCUUUGCUUUCAGCGGUUCUCUUUUUCUUCUUUUACAGCUUGUUUGGAUUGUUGUUACCUACUGUAUUGUAUUGUAUUGUAUUGUAUUGUAUUGUAUUGUAUUGUAUUGUAUUGUAUUGUAUUGUAUUGUAUUGUAUUGUAUUGUAUUGUAUUGUAUUGUAUUGUGUUGUUAGUUUAAAUACAAUGUUUGUUUUGAUUGUUACAUUAAUUUUAUUGUAUCGUAUCGUUAAAUCCAUUGUUACGUAACGACGAAAAGUCUCAUUUCAUAUAAUGACCGAUUUGGUG